AUGACCCGGCUUUACACGGCCUCAAGAAAAACCCUCCCGGCCCAUGUCACGCUAAAUUUCUCCAAGGUAAAUCUCAACUUUUUUUUUUACAACGAUCACGUUUUCGGUUCUUUUUUUUCAUUUGGAUAUUAAGAGAAACUACGAUUCAACAAGAAAGUGUUUUUCGGCUAAAAAUUUUAAGUAAGACUUCAAAGUUCUUCAAACAGUUUUGAAACUUUUAUUCGCGGCCUGGCCCGUGCAGGAUUCUUCGCGAAAAGAAGCCCACAGGGCUCUGGCUUUGGGCCUCGUUUUUUGCGUAAACUUCGCCGUAAAACACUUUUUACUUGUUAAACCCCAUUUUUUUCGUUGAACUUUAAGUGAGAAAUACCAAAAAUAUGAUCUUUGUCGUUUAAAACUUUGAUAAUUUACUUGGAUAAAAUCGCGCUUUUGGGACCGAGUCGCGCUUGGAAAAUUGCCGGGAUCCGAUAGGUUGGCCCUCGCAGGACCAGAUGUCUUUUUUCUACCUAUUUAAAAAUUUUAUAGAUUUGAUAUUUUCGUGUCUGUCCAUCUUUUUUGAUUUUUAUUUUAUUUUUCAGUUGUUCAUAAUUUUUUUUUUCAGUCGAACUUUUGUGAGGAUAAAGUUUCUUAUCGCUCAUCCCACAUAAUGAAUGCGUCUUCAGACCGCUUUCACGGUUUGUGAUUUUUCAGUCUUUCUUUUACACGGGUCAUUCGGCGUAUUCACGGAAUUCACUCCAAUUUUCAAUCGGGGCAUGCUAAAAAUAAAUCAAUAAGUAUAAUACAAAUCUAACUUUAUUGUAUUCCAAUACUCUUCACGUGCUUUCCGAUGCUAUCCCAAUGCUAUUCGAUUCGCGAAGGAAUCUUUAGAAGUAUGCUGUCGGAUGCCGUACCGAGAUCUAUCUCACCAUUUAUCCUACUUAUUGACUAACUGAGUGGAUACCUCGAUUGACUUUCGCAGUUAAAUAGGCGAGAAAUGGACUUAAUGAUUUUUUCUAAAAUAUUUUUUUACUUUUCUGAAAUCAAAUUUUUGUUUAUUAUUUUUUUUUUUUGUUUUUUCCCUGGACCUAUACGGGGGCUCAGCGCGUCAAUUGGGUGUUAGCGUAAAUUCGCCGUGCUUGAACGGGGUCUAUGCGCGGCUAAAAAUUGCGCUCGGCUAUGGUUAAACGGGUGAACGACAGAAGCAUCCGCGCUUGCUCUUGGCCAACAUGAAAGAUUUAUUUAAUUGUUCAUUCGCCAUUCCGCAAUGUGCACGACAUACAAUUUUAAAAAACGUCAAAAAUGUCAAACAAAGCUAACAGUUCACCUGUGGAAGCGGCCUCAGGAAAAGAUUGUUGGUAAAAAUUGCAAAAUUUUGAAAUACUAUUUUAUGUUUAAAAUAUACAUGAUUAAAAUCUGGAAAAGUUCUCAUUUUUUCGAAUUUUUAGAUUAUGCUCAGGACAUCCCUAUGAGGUUAUCGUCUCAGUUUUUCUCUUUUACACACAUAGUCGUUCCUGAUCUGGAUUUUCCUUCGCCGAAUGAUUUCUCCGAGCUGAAGGUUUUCCUCCCCUUCAAGUCAAGUUCACUCCGUAGUUGCAGUACUCUUUCGAUUUGGAGAGACGGGCAAGGAAACAAUUUGAUGAUUUCAAAGCGAAAAGCGACUUUGCAACUUCUUAUAUUGAUCCUAAUCUCACGCAAGUGCAGUCUCAGACAGUCUCGCUUCCGCAAGUCUACCAUAGUCCAGUGAUUGUCGAAAUCUGAGUUUCAGCAAGUUCUACUCCCUCAUCCUUAUGAAAAAAGUCCGGCGCCAAGUACAACUAGUGCUUUGCAAAGUUCUUUUUCCGAGUUCGAGUCGCAAAGAAACGUGUUUGAUGAGAUAGAAUGGACUGCGCUUGACGACCGUGCCGCUUUGAACGAGGUUUCAGACGAAACAUUUUUGACACUUUUUUUAGGUUUUGAAAGAAACAACGUGUUUUGGUGAGCCGCCGCCCAGACAGAUUUCUAGAGAUUCCCCCCAAGACCCAAUUAAACGUGAGCUCUAUUUCUUUCGAUGCACUGUCAUCAUGAAAAUUCAUAUUUUUGAAUUGAAUUUUUUCAGUUGCGUCGAACACAUCUAAAGAAGUUAGACACUCGAAAGAGCACGAUCUUAGGUUGCGGUUGAUCGAAAAGGGCUUCCGACCGGAAAUCGUACAAAUUUGUAUAAAAAAUCUACCACGGGCAAGACUUGUACACGUGAGCUUUUCAAGCGAAUUCUUGUCAUUUGUUUUUGCUCUUCUACAGAUUGAGUAUUAUAUGAAAGGGAUUCGAAUGAUGGAAAAAAGCAGCGUACCGGUCAACGAUGGUUUAAAUUUUUUGUUGCAAAGCGAAUUGAACGACAAACAGGUGAAUCUGUCCAUUUUUUAAAGAUAUUAUCUCAACGUUGAGAAGAAAAUGCUCCCAUUUUUCAGUGUAUACUAUAAGGUUGUUAAGAAAUUCCCAGCGGUUUUUGGUGCUCUUACUUGAACGAAAUUUUGGGCUGGUUUAUCAUGGCUUACCACUGCAACUUACUUUGGGCUUGGUUACUAAAAGCAAAUAUCAUUUUAAAGCGUGUGGCCUGUUUUAGGUUUCUGUCUUUUUAUUUCAAAUUUAUUGAGUAAGUUUUUUAGAGUUUCGAAAAAGAGCUGAAAAUUUUAUGUCUCUGUAUUGGUCCUUUAACACCUCAACCAGAAAUUUUGAAUGAAAUAUGAAGACUUUGAUUUGUUUAGAGCGUCCUCAAGUAUGCUGAAACUGUCUCGCAACUCGUAAGCAUGGGUUUCAAUCAAGACGUCGUCUUCUCCAAUGUGCGAUUAGAAGAAGGCGAUCGAAUCAAAUCACUCACUCGCAUAUUAGCAUCAAAUUCUUAGCAAGUGUACAGAUUAUACAUCUAUCGAAACAUAUUGGACAUCUUUAGAUGCAUUAUCAAAUAUAAAAAUCAGCUAUUCUUCGCGUUUCUUGCUAAAUUUGUUAACAAGCACGUCUGAAAAAGAAACGGAUUUCGUUUUCCAAUCGUUCACUUCAAUAAGUCAAAACUGAAUUCAUUUUUCGACAGGUCAAAAAUUUAUAAAAUAUUUCGGACCUCUGACUAUAAGGAAAUUUUUAUGUAUUGAAAUUAAUGACCAAUACUACUAAGUUUUCGGAAUCAUGAACAAGGUCGUGUUAACAUCGAGUUGAACUUGAAAGUGUUUUUCAUUCAGAAUGAAUAACAGGAAAAGAUCAGAAAUUCCGUUUAUCCCAACUUUUCAGAAUAAAUUUCCCAAAUUGCGCCAAAAGGGAAGCUCGGAUCUUUUCUUUACGUUGUUUCCGGUCUUGUACGCUGGAUUUUUCAAUUCACCAUGAACUGAGAAUCCGUUUCCAGUAACUAGCAUGUAGCGUUGCGUGUUUUACAAGCCUUCUAGCUGUUUUAUAAAAAAAGUUAUUCACGAAGUUGAAACCAUCAUAGCUUAAAAUUCUUUGUCGACAUCGAGAACCAGGCUCAUUCGUGGUCUUAUAUGUCCUGAUCGGAAUUUUUCCGACAACUUUCAUUAGUUGAAGUACUGUCACACGCAUUUCAAAUAUAAAAAAGCCUCAAUAAGCUCGCUCUAUCGCUUGGACUAAGAAAAAAAAAAUGAUAGAACUGACACGUUUUUGUGCAAAUUUUGAACAGCAGAAAAAGUCACUUGAUUAUUUUUGUUUCAAAAAACCUUCUUUAUUCAAUUUGAAAACCGAGCGAAAAGCUUUAAAACGACAUACACUGGUCGAACGACGUAUCCACAAAUAACUAAGACCUAACGAAACGAAAUUUGAUCAGGAUAUGUUAAUUGUCAAUCAAUAAAUAGCAUACAGAGGCUAACUUUCUGGUAUUUUGAUACUAUUUGUGUGCACUCUGAUAGCUAUGUCAUCGCGUAUCCUAUGUAUUGACGGACGGUUUGGGUACCUCGAUUGAUCUUUGUAUAAACUUCGACCGUCGUGAAAAGAAAAAAAAACUUUCCGGGCUACUUGUCAAAGUUGAAGUAUCGAAAAACGAAGUCCGUUUUUGAGAACCUAAUAUUCAAGGCCCGCUUUGAACGUGGAAUUAUUUCUACGAGAUUCAUCUUUUACAAAGUGAGAUUAUUUUUUCAAUUUGAAGGAUAUGUUAUAGCAACUUUGACCAUAAGAAAAAAAAAAGAAUUAGAUAUUAUUUACUUUGAUAUGUUCAAAAUUAAGUAGCUGUGAAAGUUAACCCUCUGUAGGUCUGCUAAAAAAUAUAACAAUUUGAUUACAAGAACCGAUCGAUAUUGAACAACGCUUACUGGUUCCUCUCCUCCUCCUCCUCUCUGCUCUCGUGCAUAUUCCCUUCAAAUCUCACUCCGCCUCUUCUACUCCUCCUCCCUCCUCUUCUUCACGUUCCGCGGUGGUCAACACUUCUGGCGUGUCGACCACUCAUGUUUUUUGUUGUUUUUCUUGGUAUUUCCUCACUUUCAAUAUUCUCAUGUUCACCAGGUUUGUACAAUAGUCGCAUUUUGACACUCAUGAUGUAUUUUUCAAGAAAAGUGGUUUUCCGACUCGUCUGUCGGGGAAUUUCGAGAGCUAUUGAUUGACGUGAAAGCUGGAGCUGUUUUUGUGGGUGCCGAAGGCGCAGUUUAUCGUCUAUGGGCAUACAAUGUCAACGACACCAAUGAGAAUUCGGUAUGAAUUUCCAGCGUCAAUUUUGAAUUUUGAACUUUGGUUGAAAUUAGAAGAGUUGCUUACAAAGAGGGUUUUCUUUGAAAUGAUAAUUAUGAAUUGAAGUGAGAAUUGGAUUUGAUAAGCUCAAAGGAACUACAUCUUCGAAGUAAUAUUCAAGAACUUUUUUGAUUAUUUUGUUUUAUUCCGAGGAGAAGAUCCAUUGUCCUUGUUUAUCGUUUGAUACAUGAUUUUUUGAUGUUUACUUCUCUUUUCGGCAAGAAAAAUGUUAACAAAAUGCUCUACCGAAUCAAAAUUGCGACGCAACUCUACGUCACUAUGUCGUUUUGCCCUUUUUUAAAUAUUCACCGAUUAUGAUUCAUUAGUUUAGUCAGUGUAGUUUAGUCACUACAGCGUUUCUGAAACACAAACUCCCGGCUAAGACCAAAAAAACUUCAAAUCCGAAGAUAUCCUGUGUUUGUGGAAAAGUAAAAGCCUAGUGUGUUUUUAGAUCCUAGAAUUGAAAUUUUACUGUCAACUUCUUUGAAAAAUACGUUUUAAACUAAAUUUUGUAUGAAAAAAGGAAAAGGAAACGAGAUGCCAUCAACAGAACUCAUUUCGUAUAAGCCAUCUCAAUUUGAAGAUGAUAUCCAAGCCACUGAAAAUGUCUCGAUUUCGUAGAAGAAGUCAUCUUGGUUUCAAGCUCGACUUUGCAGUUCACGAAGAAAACUCUGAGCUUGACGGAGACGGAAGAGACCGAGUGCCGGGCGAUGGGAAACACGGAACAAAUGUGUCGACCGUCUACACGAUUUAUUUCUCUUUUUAAUGGUUUCGAAAGUUUGUAUGUGGGUUUUUUUCUUUUUUUUUUUCACUUUCUUUUUUUCCUGAGUUCAUUGUAAUGAUUAAAGUGCGGAUGCGAAUUCGAGAAUUGAACGUCAAAGUGUAUAGAAAAAGCAAGGAGCGGCUGUAGUGAAAACUUCAAUAGUUGCAUUUCUUUUAUUGUUGAGGAGCACGGUUUUUGUUUUUUUGGCUGAGAACGAAUUUUUAAAAUGAAACUUAUGUUUAAAUCACAAAAACCGAUUCCGCUUUAAUCUUUAUUUGGUUCGAUUCUCCCUUCCAGGCAUUUGAGGGGUUUUGAACGAUUCGAUAGGAAAAAUAUUGAAGGUGUGCUCUUCGGUUGGAAUGAAGCCGGAAAUUCGUGUUCUCGACGCGGUUACUCUCAAGGAUCAGCAGGAGCCAAGGACAGAAAUCGGGAUUUGUGCACCCGAUGAAACAGUAAACUCAACCGCCGUCAUUGUAGGUUGGUGAAACUCGUUUUUAAUUUCAAAGGCCAAAUGGAAUGUCCAUGUUAUUUUUUCGACAUUUCCCUAGGUUGCUCCGCAUUCAUUCGAUUCUAAUUUUAUAAGGAAGCUUAUAUUGGCUUUUCAUGACGUUCGAAUCAGUUUUUCAGUUUUAUAUAGUGGGUUCUGCGCAAGCCGGCCACUUCGAAAAAAAAAAAACAGCAGCUAGUUUAAUCACAGCUUUGUUUACGGUAGCUUUUUCUGCUGUUUUUCAAAACGUGACCGUUUCAGAUUAUUAAUGUCAAGCAGCUAACUUCGCCCCAUGGCAACAGUACCUUCCCUCGGACAUUGGUAACGUGAAACGGACGUGCUCCGGACGUUUCUGGGCGAUUAUAGGGAUCACCUAAGAGUGCUGAGGCCACUAAAGUGGUCACUAGAAAUGCCCCGACACGUCCGAUUCGCGUUACCAAGGUCCGAGCCGCUUUGAGUUUUUUCGCGUGUGACGAUGAUCUUUUAAUGGCCCUGUAUUUUUUUUUGACUUUCUUCUAGGUGUUAUGUAUAGAAAAGAUUGAAAAAUAUUGCACUAAAAUAGGCCACCCUCGUUAAUUAGUCGAAACGAAAAGGUACUGUGCCAAACGGGGCAAUUUGCCCGCUUUACAUUAUAGAUCAGAGCAUUUUUUUUUUUCAGAAUGGGGCAACCCAGACGAUAUAAUGUCGGUUUAUUCUGGAAUCCGCACGGGAAUGGCUGGAGAAAAUCAUUUGAUCUACCGACCACCUCUUGUCAAAAAUGGCCGCCAAGCCUAUCCCAAUAUUCGAACGAUUUACACCGACAACAAGUGGCUCAAUGGUUUUUUUUUUUGGUUUUUUUUUGGGGUACUGUAAACGAUUCGAAGAUUAGUGACACAGUCUUUAGCUUCUUUCAUUUAAAUUCAAGCUGAUUCUGGGGAACUUUAUCAAUUAUUUUUUUUGGCUCCACCUGAUGUAAGACCCUAUAUUUUCGUUUACUUUCAGAACCCCAGUUCGUUGCAUCCUUUGAGGUUGCCGCCCACGUGUUUUUCUUUUUCCGUGAAAUCGCCUACGAAAAUGCUUUUGGCGAUCGAAUCGUUCACAGUCGGAUUGCUCGUGUUUGUAAGGUAGAGUUUCUUCAGAAUAAAAAAUGAGUAAAGUUCGAAUGAACACCUUGAAGGUAAGGCUCUCAAGGGAAUUUUCGAAAGGCGGCUUCGAGAAAGAAAUCUUUUGAUUUGGACUUGAAAAGAAGAAAUAUUUAUUUUACCCACAUUUUUUAGACGGCCUUUUCAUUUUAUUUUUUUUCAGAAAAGUUGAUUUUGAAUUUUUUUUUUUUCGACCAAGUUUUUCUUUUUUCUUAUCGAUAUUUGAGAUAAAACCUGACACAACUAUCAAAAAAACUUUGAAAAACUCCAUGAAACGCUUUCAGAAGGAUAUGGGGGGCCGAAACGUGCUCCGUCAAGUGUGGACUUCUUUCCUGAAAGCUCGUCUCAAUUGUUCGAUUUCCGCCGAUUAUCCCUUCUAUUUUGAUCAUAUCCGUCAGUUUUUAUCCGCUUUUUUCAGUUGAAAAAAUUGUCCACCGAGGUUUUGACUUCUGUAAAAGGCCAAUCAAUGACUGGAAUUUCCGAUUUGGAAAUUUAAAAUUAGAAAUCAGUGUUCGAUGAACCACUAUUUAUAAGGAAAGAACCUCUUCGAGACAGUAGAUCUAAUCAAAAAUUUGCAGAAUCAGUGGCUAAGGUCGAAAAAAAUGGCGAAACCAACUUCUACGCCUCAUUCAGCACGUCCAACACGGCGUUCGUCUCCUCUGCUGUUUGCGUCUUUUCGCUAUCUUCUAUCAACAAUGUGAGCGCCAUUUUUCCCUCUUUGUGUUGAAUAAGCAAGAACAGCGUUUGCGACGACUAUGACGUUUUCGGUGGAUAAACAGCGAUUUAGGGAGAGAGCCACGCCCAAUCUUCAAAAAGUAAAAUAUCCCACUAUUUUUGAAAUCGGCAUCGCUUAGAAAAUCUAGAAUUUAAAGUGUUGAUUGUCUUUUUGUGAGGUUUUCGUGAGAGAUCUCCAGGCCAAAUCAACAAAAACGACGAUUUUAAAAAAAGGUGGACACGAAAAAAAAAAAUAUUGAAAAAAGUUGGCUCUGCACAAAAAAAAUGCGUAGAUCAUCAAUUUUCCUAAAAUUUCGAAGCCGAUUUGCGAGAUACUUCCGUGGACAUGCCGAAAAUCGUUCGAAAAAUUUUUCAUUUUAGUAUAAACCAAUUUCCAGCGAAAACGAAAUGAGCAUCAAAACCCGAUAAAAGUUUUAUUAGCUUUUUUCGGAACAUAUUUUUGUAUUCGAAAGGAAUGCUCUGUCGAGCAAAUAUCCUACUAGCUACGAAACGAAAUUUGAUACUCGGAUUCGUGAUAUUCACAAAUUUUAUUUCUUUCAGCUCCUCGAUAAUGCGCCACUGAUGGAGGAGAGUCGUGGUGGCGUCGUCUUGUCACCGACUGGGGAAGGAACUUCGGCACAUCGUCCCGGAUCGGUAGCGAAAUCUCUGAUUAUCCACAUCUUCUUUCGAAAUUUCAGUGCUCCCGUGACUCGCACUCCAUUUCGGAUUCUGAGCUGCACUUUGUCAAGUCUCAUUUAUUGCUAGCUGAAUCGAUUCCCGGUAUUCGUUUUUUUUUAGAACGUCCUUUUUUCGAAUUUAACAGGAAAGCAAAUUUGAAACGAAAAAAAAAUUGUUGCAGGUAGUAAACCCAUCAAUCCAUUGAGGGACGUGGUCUAUACGCACGUUCUCGUCGAUCCGUUGCCUCAUCAAAAUGUCGUCUUCUUGUUCGAUUCCAAGUUGGCUUUCUUAUCUUUUUGAUUUUUACGAUGACUCAAUAUUCCAAUAGACAAAAAAGGAUUUCUCUGGUUUUGGCCAACUUGCUGCACAAAGGUUCUCAAUAAAUAUAUAGGCGCUCACUAAGUAGCGUUUUUUACCUCCAGGUUGAACUUUUGAUGAAACAUUGCUGAAGUUUAAUUAAAAAAACGUUGCCCAGUCAGUUGAAAAUUGACGACAUGGAAUGUGACCAAUCGUCAUUAGUUACACCCCAUAAACAAACCGCAUUGAGCUUUUAUCUUUUUUUUUUAAAUUUUUCAAUGUUUCAAGUGGCGAAACCAUGUGGAAGGUGGCACACUGGAAAGAGUCGAACGAGUGGAAAUCAAAACUAAUUGAGAAGCGCAAAAUCGAAGUCGGCGGCAAAGUCAACUCGGCGGCGUUGCUUCCUUCUGGUGAGCUUUUGAGCGAUAAUUUCACGUCGUUGUCUUGUUUUUAAGCACAAUACUCCCAUGAGCGCUCGUGAUUUUCAUUCGUAACCUUGAAAUCAAGGGUCAGUGAGGAGAAACUAAGAAAGUUUAUGUAGUAAAAAGUAUGCAAGAAAAUUGUCAACGCAUUUAACGCGCUCACCCAAAAUUGAUUAAUGGCUUAAUAUCCCACGUUAUUAAAUAAUUAUGUUCAUGUUAAAUACACUUAUAGAAGGUUCUUUAAAAACAAAAAAACAAAAACUCAUUUUGACUUCUGAAGAGCAACAUUGAGCCAUUCAUCUAUUGGGUUUGACGCGCUAAAAGAAUCUACCACUUUCUUGCAUACUCCCUAAUAUUGAAAGAGAUAGAAUUUUCUAAUGAUGAAUUUGAUUUAAAAAAUUAAAGACUUGAAUAAAUCCUAACAGCACAAAAAAAAAACGAAAUGAUGAAGUUCAAAAAACCAAAAGUUUGAGCAAAACUCUCAAAACUUCAAACUCAAAACUAGCUUCCAAGUUUUCUCAUAAGUUUGAAAACUCUAGUUUAAAACAUCUUUUUUUAUUAUUUUUUUCCAAAGCUUCUUUCAGAGUUUUUCUACGUGUCGACGCCCGACCGCGUGUUACAGUACUCGGUGGCUGUGUGUGAACAGUACGAGGCCUGCUCGCUGUGCACCACGGACCCCUACUGCAGCUGGAACCUCGCCAACUCGUCGUGUCAUACGAGACACAGGGCCCAUGAGACGAGCAUUGGAUGGGUUUCGCAGGCCUUCAACGCCGGCGAAAAGUUGUCUCCGGAAUGUCAGACGACAGCACAUACAUCGAAACGGGUCGCAUACCUCGGCGACAGCGUCCGCUUCGACGUCCAUCAUCCGUGUCGCUGGUAUCACGAUUCCGUCGAGUACGUCUCCAUCAAUUUAUUAAAUACUUCGAAGUUUUUAAUCGCAAUUAAUACUGGAAGUCCUUUUCCAUUGUUAGUUGCGAAAAGUCAAUGAAACGGUCUAAUAGUCGAAUAAUGUUUCAUUUUCAAGUAAGAGUAAAGAAGAACAGACGUGUUGCAGAAUCGCGGAAACUGCAAGGACGAUUUUCAACGUUCAAGGAGAUGUGGUCAUUCUCAACUUGCAGACAACAGAUGCCGGAAUCUACGAAUGUCGUCAAGACUCGGUGACAAUAUUUCGCACCAAGCUCACUGUCAACGGUAUCUUGAUAUUAAAUCUGGUUUCAUGGUUUCAUCUUGCAGGCGACUGUGUAAAACCGACAACUGUGGAAGCCUACAGAUCGUGUCAACGCGAGUGGUGCAAAAAGAGCGACGAACAUCAAAUGCUCAACAGUUUGUGGAAAGAGUCUCAGCGGAAAAGUCGCAGCCCGUUUUACGAACCGUGCAAAACUUGAAGUUUAGACGCAGCACAGUGCAGAUAG